UUUUUCAAGAAAAUGUUUUUUAGAAUUUGACUGAUUAACAGAAUAACAAUAUUGUCUUAACAUGAUGUUUAAUACUUUUAUUUACCUUUAAGUUCGCAAUAAAUUGUCGUUUUUCCUGUUAUUUUAUUACUUUGUCACUAAGACAGAUUAUAAUUUAUACAGAAGCUUGAUUAUUGCGAAUCCUUUUUGAUCUAUCCCUACCCCAGUGAGCUACACUUUGAUUGUAUAGUAAUUUUCAUACAAUAUCACAGAUAAAGCCGGUUUUAAAGUCCACAGUCGCACCUACAUCUACUUGAUCGUCCAUAUUGUAGCGCGAUCCUACAUCCGUACCAAUUCGAUCAAGUCAGCCAGACAGUAAACACAUGAGGAAUGCGCAGUCCUGGGCAGUAUAAAACUGGUUAUUUUUCUACAGUUAUUUACUAAGUGCUUCUGAGUUUUUGUCUUUGUCCAUCGAGAGUAUCUUCAAAAACUAUCUAAGGAAAUCGAAAAAACAUGACCUUGAACCGGCCAAUGGCACAAUAAGGAGUUUCAAUGACUGAGAAUAAAUAAUUCUGUAAACUAUACCGACUAUUGUUUCUGUUGAUUAAAUGAAUACAAAAUAGCGUUUAAUUAUUUUUAACAUAUUUCGUAUAGACUGUUAAAAAUUUCGGCAAUGGGAACUAUUGCUGAUACGAGUAUGGAAAAUUUAAAUUUUUGUCGACAAAAUACAAAUGUUAACAUGUCCGAAAUACAAUCGUUUUAUAAUGGAUCAACAGUUUUUCUGACGGGAGCGACUGGUUUCGUGGGCGGUUUAAUACUCGAAAAGCUAUUAAGAACAUGUUCCGGCUUAAAAAUUAUAUACGUUUUAAUCAGGGACAAAAAAGGAGAAACGUCAGAAACCCGAUUUAAAGAUCUAUUCAAUAAUCCACUGUUUGACCUUAUGAAAAAAGAAACACCGGAUUACAUAGAUAAAGUGUCAGUUAUUAUUGGUGACUGUGAACAGCCAAACUUGGGAAUGAAAGAACACGACAGAGAAAUUCUUAAAAGCGAAGUAAAUAUAAUAAUUCAUUCGGCAGCAACCGUUCGGUUUGAUGAGCACCUAAGAAAAGCGAUCAGAAUUAAUAUAAUAGCACUACAAGACCUUCUUAAAAUCUCACAAGAAAUCAAACAAUUAAAAGCUUUUGUUCACAUUUCGACUGCUUAUUCCAAUUGUGCCGACAGAAAAAUUGUAGAAGAAAAAUUUUAUGAGCUACCGAUUUUCGGACAUAACCUCAUACAAGUUGUCAAUUCUCUCAGUGACGAAUACGUAACCAGUGUUACACCUUCGCUGCUAAACAAAUAUCCCAAUACUUACGUGAUGACUAAGGCUAUCGCUGAAGGAGAAAUUUUGAAAUAUGGCAAAGGACUGCCGGUUGGAGUGGUUAGACCUUCUAUGAUUAUAGCUACUGCUAACGAACCUGUACGUGGGUGGAUCAACAACGUUUACGGACCAACCGGGGUCGUUGCCGCCGUUUAUAUGGGUCUUAUGAGAAUUAUGUGUGCCGAUCCAAAAAAGUACGCCGACCUCAUACCCGGAGACUUUGUUAGUAACGCAGUAAUAGUCAGCGCUAAAGAUAUACACAGCCAAUGGAAAUCACAUAAUAUGUCUGAGAGCUCUUCGAAUACCCUAAGCACGAACGGUGGAACAUUCUCGCCACCAAUUUACAAUUGCGUUUCGACAAACACGAACCCGUGUACUUGGAAAAAAUUCGCCGAGUUCAACAAAAAACAUUUAUUCAGCGUGCCUUCCACAAAGACUAUUUUUCCGAUUAUGAUCAUACUAACGGCGUCCAAGUUCCAUUACAACGUAAUACAAUUUUUGGUGCACAUUGUUCCGGCGUUCAUUAUCGACUCGUUGGCCCAACUGACCGGCAAAAAGCCCAAAUUGAUGGACACCUACAAGAAGAUCAAUAAUUUCGUAAACGUCAUCUCGUACUUUAGCUUGAGAUCAUGGACUUUUAAAGAUACGAAUACAACAACAAUGAUCGCACAAAUGUCCGACCAGGAUAGGAAACUGUUCGACUUCGACAUCUCCAAGCUGGUCUGGGACGAUUACUUCGAGCACCAAGUAAUCGGUAUCAGACGUUACAUAAUCAACGACCCAAUGGAUACCGCGCCAAAAGGGUUGAAACACUACAAAAAACUGCAAAAUAUUUACUACACGCUACUCGCUUGUGUCGUGGCUUUCCUAUUGUUGAUUGGGUACGGAUUGUUCGCUCUCUUUUUAUGACACGGUUUUUAAAACACAGUUGCUCUAAACAAUGUGAUAUUACAUGUAUAUAUAUAAACUACUUAUAUUAUUGAAAUUACUCAUUUUUU